AUGAGAAACAAUGACGUAUAUAUUCCAGCACUUCUCGAGGAUGGAAUCAAAGUUCUUAUAUAUGCCGGAGAAUAUGAUCUUAUUUGCAAUUGGCUUGGGAAUUCGCAAUGGGUUCACGCCAUGAAGUGGUCAGGUCAAGAACAAUUCGGGGCCUCAAAAACAGUUUCUUUUUUAGUUGAUGGAAAAACAGCAGGAUUGUUGAAUAGCUAUGAACCUCUCUCUUUUCUAAAGGAGAAUGAUGCUGGACAUUUGGUUCCUAUGGAUCAACCAAAAGUAGCACUUAAGAUGUUGGUCAACUGGAUGCAGGGGAACCUGAACGAGGGGAACAUCUAA